CCAGUUACUUGGAUGCAUUAUCAGUUUCAACAGAGUAAUCUAAUUCGCCAGCUAGGCUCUUCCCAAAUUCAUUGGCAUAGAGGGGAAGAUGACUUAUUGUUAAGAUAUAUGUUUAUGAACUUAUUAUUAAGAUAUUAUAAGUUGCUCUACUUUAGGCAUGAAUUGCAGGUUUUUUUGUUAACUUAUCUAAAUUAUGUGCACUCAUAUUUUACAUAGAAUAUGUCAUCCUUAACAUAUUUUUACUUAUUUUACAUUAUGCGUCAAAAACUUACGCUUGUACGCUUUGAUUUUAUGUUUUAUGAUUUGACCCCUUUUUCACUUAUAGGUAAAAUUGCGCUUUUGACUGCAUUGGAUAGUAGUAUAUUAGAUGUUUAAAUACCUAAUCUCUAUGAUAUCCUUUCAAAUAACAUUGUGAUUUGACCUAGACAUCGUAUAGGUACAGUUUACAAUGUGAUUCAAUCAAGUAUUAUUAGAGAUCCCGAUGAUUCGAACAUGAUAUUAGAUAUAUCGAUCAAGGAUUCUUAUGUCAUAUCAAGAGAAUCGUUGGUCUCAAUGACUUUAAUUGUUAUGAAAGAUCAAGAAUGUUUAUUCUAUCGUUUCUAUUGACAACUAGGACGUAGUAAUUUAUCGUCGCUUAUUUGUACUAGAUUGACACUCACGGUUCCUGCUAACUUUCUAUAUUUCAUGAGAGUUGCUGGGCUUGUGUCGUUUGACUAACAUCUUCUGUAUUCCAAGUAGAGUAUUUGCUUAGCUUUUUUCCUUUUUUAGUACAUACGAUACAACCUUAUUUCUAUAAGCAGCUACAUUCCUCUAUGACCCCCGAGACAAUCCUGGAUAAUAUAUUUUCCAAAAUCGGUUCAACAAUAUGUUAUCUAAGCACUUUAAAUCACGCCUUUGGUAUUAAACAAACACAAACGAUGGCAUCACGAUUGGCGAUCAAACUCGUAUGUCUUUCUUCUAUGUCUAUUCAUUUUCGAUCUACGUCUAGUUUUUUAUGACCUCGAAAGAAGGAUGAGGUACAAGUUGAGUGUCGCGCGCGACGAACUAAUGUGUGAUUGCUUGUUGUUUUUAUAACUAGGCUAGCAGUUAGUUAAUGGGAAUAAGUUGGUUGGUCGUAGAUCAUAUGUAGUAGAUAGAUAAUAGAUUCAUGGGAUGUGCGUGAUUUUGACGUGACGAUUAAUGCGAUCACAUUUUGGGCAAUUUUGUUGGGUGGUCGGACUCGAAACUCGCUGGGAACGAGCGUUUGGACUUUUUAGGGAAUCAAAGAUUGUGAAAAGCGCAGGAUUACUACAAUAAGUACAGAUGGUGGAGGGAAAGCUGAGUUUGAAUUAGUCGGCAUUUCGUGUAUAGUGGUUGGCUGGUGGGGAAGGUCCAUUUAGAUGGGGACAACAAAAUGUUGAUUUGAAUAUGGAGUUCAAAGCUUAAAACAAAUACGAAUUGCCCGGCAAAUAAAUUCAAAGCUGUCCCUCAAAUUGUAAGGUAAGAGGUAGACAAUGUGUGUGUUUUUAGCAGGAUUUUCAACUCAUGGCAUUGGUUGAUUCGGUACAAGAUCGGAUCAAAUUAUCCAUAGACCGGAUCGAAAUUUCUACUAAAUCAAUGACCAAAGUCGAAUUGUUAUUACUUCGAUUCGGUCCGGAUCAAACCAUAUAUGGUUCGAUUCGGUCUGGACCAUCCCAUUGGACCGACUAAUCUUUCGUUCAAAUAAAAUCACUCUAAAAGGACAACACAAGAAUUUUAAAAAAAAUGUAACUACAUAAAAAGAAGUAAUCAAACUAUCCCAAUUUAAAUACUCCACAAUUAUUAAACUCACAUGUUCAAAAAUAUUAUGCAAAAAGCUAAAGGAGAACUACUUAACUAAAAGACAAAAGUCUUUUUAUUCAAUCUUAAAUGUAGUCUAACUAAUUGCCUCUCUAAUCUUCCAUUUUCAUUUCCAGAGUGCACGUUGGACCUCCCAAUCUCCAGAAUUUCCAUUGUUCAUUAGAAAGCCUUUCUUCUGCAAUAUAAGCACAUGAUAUAAAGCAUUAGAAAGGAGUUUAACAUAGUGACACUUACUCCAAGAACUAGUGCAAUAAAACAAAUGAUUCUUAACCUUGCUAAUUUGUAGUGGUGUUGUCAGACUUGGCAGAAGUCUCUGUGGUGUCAUUUAUUCGCAUCUUCUCCAUAUAUGAAACAUUAAACAAAAACAAAAAAGAGAACACGAUAUAAAUACUUGGUUCACAGUGUGUAGGUGGUAAGCCGCUUUCUUGAUCAAAGCAACGAGGAUGAGAACUCUAAUUUGAGGUUAGGACUAUAGGAGCGGGAGCGGCGAGUCAAAGUCAGGGAAAGCCAAUCAUAUUUAUAGGUAGUUAAGUGUCAUGUAGGGUACUAGGGUUUUCAACUCCAAGUCGAUUUGCCUUCUCAGAGCCUAAUAAAAUAGGCAAUUAAUUUAAUUAAGAUUAUGUCCGGUUCUUAGCUUGAUUUUACGGUUUCGGUCAGGAUCGAACCAAAACCGAAAUGUCCUAAAUUCAGGAACCAAAGUCGAAUCGAAAGAUAAACAGUUCUAUCCGAUUUGGUGUGAGAGUCGAUUCAGACCGAUUCAGUCUGAUGUGAAUCGAGUCGUUGCCCAUCCUAAUUACGAGGAGAAUUCAUUGAUUGUCAUUGAUCACAUUAAGAGGUCAUGAAUCUGAAUCAUCUACCAACAUGAAUUUGUCGAGUACUUAUGAGUGUCAUGAUUCUGUGAUGGAGAAGUCCGAAUGAGUUGCUAAAAUAAGAAAUACAAGAAAGUUAAUUUUUGAAAGGCAAUAAUGAAAUAUAUUGAUUUUAAGCCCAUAAUUUUUUACAAGCACAAUACAAGUAGAAACAAUAUUCUAAUAUCAAAUUUUUUUUUUAAAUCUACAAUGACUCAAAUCCAUCACCAACCAAUCAUUCAGUUUUCAAAUUCCACUAACUAACAUACCCUGUAAAUAAGUACGUUAGGGUAAAUGGAAGUUGGGAGAGACUGCCAAAGCUAACACAAUUUAUAUAAAAAAGUUGUAGAAAAUAUAUCAUUAAAUGUUGAUAUGGCCGAGUUGGUCUAAGGCGCCAGAUUAAGGUUCUGGUCCGAAAGGGCGUGGGUUCAAAUCCCACUGUCAACAAAUAAUUUUUUUUGCCCUAUCUUUCCUCAACAGAACUUAAGUGGGCCUUUUGGAUUAUUGAAUCAGCUCGAACCGGGAAGAUAACAGAAGUGAAAUGGGCCGAAAAUUAGGCCCAUAAUGUUACAAGCCCAUAAAUAUUUUGUAGUCUGAUAGGAAACAAUGAACGUGCGAAGGAGGCGGUGGAGCGGAUAUAAUUUUGCGCCUCGGAGAAUAAAUUGCGGUUGUUGAAGGCCGGAGAGGAAGGCUACUGGUUUUUUUUGCCUUGUCUGGCUGCUCUCGCCGGCGACUAUUCCGAAAUCUAGGGAUUCGAAGAACUCGGGAUAGAAGGGGAAAGCCAGCAGCUUGGCCGUAUCGAUAGCUGGCAGGGUGAAACGGAGGGGGGCGAUGUCGUCUAUUUGCCUCUCCGCGUGUUCUACUUCCAGACCGCUAGCAGUUCCACCUUGUUCCGCGGCGGCGCGGGGCUUCUCGUCCACGGCGGGGAAAGGUUGCGAGUGCUCUCUCUCUUUCCGUCCUGCGAAUGGCUCCGGCUGCCUCCUUUCUUCCGCGGGUGAUAGGGGAAGGUUACAGGUUGUUCGUAUGGCUCCCGACGAAGAGAAGUUGACUCGUCGAAAUCCUCUCGAUUUCCCAAUCGAAUGGGAAAGGCCGAAGCCUGGACGAAGACCGGACAUAUUCCCCCAGUUCAGCCCAAUGAAAACACCGAUCCCGCCACCACUGCCAUACGAUCCUCCCCCGGAGGAGGAGGAAGAGGAAGACGGAGACAAGAAGAAAGAGGAGGAAGAGGAAGGAGAUGAAAAUCCUGAUAAGGAGGAAGAGCCCGAGAAACCCGACAUUUAGUAGAUAGAAAUAAAGGGCAGCUACUCGACUCGAGCAAAAUAGAACGCCGAGCGCAGUUCUGAGUUUUCUGUUUUUUGGAUCUGUGAGAAGGAAGUGUUCUGACGGGAAGCUGUUUUGGUUAUUGUAUGCCUUAUUAGCUACACCUUCUAUUCUUACGUUCAGAUUUUGUGCCUCUCAAUGGAACAAUUUUAGCUCUCGGUUCUUGUAUGACACUAUUGCAGUGUUGCUCUUCUUGAAGCAGAAAGAACCUUCUUAAUUGAACAUUUUUAACACCUCUGGUGUGAAGUAGUGAAGGUGUUCCUGUUUGUUUCUCCUUCUUUUACUUCCCGGUUGUAAUCAGAAAUUAAUUGCAGGACGUCUCCGUAACCUUGGCAAUUAUUUGAUUUGGAUGAGUUCCAUUUUAGCUUUGAAUUCGGCAUUAUUAAGCCUUCAAUUAUUACACUUCUAUCUAUUAUUAUUUGUGUUAAUUGACUGAUUGGUCAAUUUGGGCCUUUUAAUCCCGACAUUAUCAUGUGCGAUGAAGCUACCUUUCGGCUCCCAUCUCGCCAAUUUGACGUGGACUGCCCAUCUAAUCCAGUUGUUUAAUUGAAACAGAAUUUACGAGGGGACUAAAUCAGAAGAAAGACGCAGGGCAGGCAGGGAUGAAAGAAAGAAGAGAUCUUAUGUGUCAGAACAAAACUGUGUGCGACUGUGUUCCUAUUUGCUGCUAAUUUGGAUUCCCUAAUUUAGGGGUAGUUUGGAUAUGGUAAUUUAGUGUGGUAAUUGGGCUCAAUUUCCACGAUAUGCAGUAAUUGAGUUCAAUUACCAUGUUUGGUUGUAAAAAAAAAAUCAUGGAAAUUGAAUGAUGGAAUUUGGGCCAAUUACCACAAAUGUGGAAAUCCAAAAUACAACCCCUCACCCCCCGCAUUUCCAAUUCCCACGUUUAAAGACUUUUUAUUUCCAAUUGCCCCCCUGCUCUUUUACAUAAAUCCAAAAUUAACCCUUUCUUAUUUCAAGGGUUAUUUGCUCCGUUCGUGUUUUCUAUCUUCUUCCUUUUGCUUCGUCCCUGCAACCGAUACAAAGAUAAGCAAAAAUCUCCUCCGAUCAGCAAUCAGUUAGGAAGCGAGUUUGAGCCUUUGCUCGUCGACAAAAUGAUGGUGGUCAAUGAUUUAGAAGAAGUGAACGCUCUUCUAAUUAGCAAUCAUGGAGGCAGAAGUUCUAGUAUGCUCCCCGAAACUUGGAUCUGACUAGCGAUGCAAAUGAAUUUGCAAGCACUUGAAGUCUUUGAUCUCUGAUCCCCAUUUCGUUCAUCGUUUUGUUUGUCGACGUCGUAUCGAACAUCUCUGACAUUCUUUUUUUUCUCUCGAGUUUGUUGAUCUCCUCCCUUGACGCCCCUGAUUGGUUCCUUUAGUCAGAUCUGAUUCCAAACAAGUCUCGAAAUGUCGCGAGAGAGUUUCAUCUUUUAAUUGUUAUCCUUCCUAAUCUAUGUUUUUGUACCGUUUAUCAUAUGAAGUUGCAAGAGAGUUAUGUAAAAUGUAAAUUGCAUAACUGAAUGUUGUGGCUGCGUUGAGUGGUAUACCCUGUUGCUAAAAAAAUAUAUCAACAUGUAUAACUAAUGAAGGAGGGUAUUUUUG